UCUUCCUUCUCCUCAUUUCAAUCAUAGAUCGCUUUUUUUUUUUCUUUUCUUUUUUUCUGCGCGCCUUUGUUUGCUUUAAAGCUUAGAAAUUUUGGCUCCGUUACACCUCUUUGCUAUUGGGUUGUUCCCUGAUUUGCGCGCAUCUCCAAUAUCUCACUGCUUUUUCUAUUUGGUUUUCUUCAACCCUAUGUUAUCAUGAAAAUAAAAACGAACCUCUCUUUCUUCUCCGUGUGUUCUUCUCAUUGUUGAUGAUUGCUUAGCGUACUGGUUUAAGUAAUUUUUUUUUUCAAACGGGUAUCAAUAAUCCCCAUUUUCUCUACCUUGUUUAUGUUUGAAUGUUUUAGUGAAGCAAUUAGAAGUUCGUGUUGUUCUUUCUUAACCCCCGUGAAGAAUUGACUAAAUAAAGUGAAUGAUUUUUUUUUUUUUUAUCGUUAUUACCUUUUUAAGCAUCGCUAUUUAUUUGCAUGAUGCAAGCUAGGGUGAGACAGGGUUUAUAUAGCAUCAACAAAAUUGGGAACUUGGUAGGGUUGGGACUGGGAGGAGUAAGGUCACCCCCGUGGAAUUAGUGCAUUGUCAUCUUUACAUGUCAACUGAAAUGAAUCUUGGUAUCACUUUGGCUGAUUAUGUUUUAGUUGGAUGAUUCCUUCAUGUGAUGAGAGCUUUAUUUAUCUCAAUUUUGUUGAUUUCUCUGCCUAUUUAAGUUGUUUCUGAUUACACCAUAGUGAAUCAAGUGGUUAUAUCUCGUACUCUUUAGGCGGCUCUGGUUAUGUAGUGGAGUUUAACUUCAAUCCCCACAUUCCCAUUUUUACUUUCCCCUUAAGUCCAAUCAUGGUUUUAAAUUGCGGUUGCAAUCGCAGUUUCGUCAUACUGUGGGAAAUUUUGGACAAGGCUGAUGCAACCACAAUUGCGGUCGCAGAGUCUAAAAACCUUGAUGUUGUGGCCGAAAUCAUGUAAGAAUGUAUACUAAUAUUGGUAUGCCACCGGGGGUACCUCAGCAUCAUCCUCAACCUCCAACGAGCUCACAACCUAAUCUGUUCGGGAAUGCAUUCAAUUCUGCUGGUUCAGGACUCAUUCGAGGUGGAUUGGGUGCGUAUGGAGAAAAAAUAUUAGGAUCAAGCUCCGAGUAUGUCCAAAGCAAUAUAAGCCGGUAUUUCUCUGAUCCCCAAUACUACUUUCAAGUGAAUGACCACUAUGUUAAGAACAAAUUAAAGGUUGUGUUGUUCCCAUUCUUGCACCGGGGUCAUUGGACUAGGAUUACUGAACCAGUGGGAGGUAGGCUCUCUUAUAAACCACCAAUUUACGACAUAAAUGCACCUGACUUGUACAUUCCAUUAAUGGCAUUUGGUACCUAUGUUGUUCUUGCUGGCAUCUCAUUGGGUCUUCAUGGAAUGUUUAGUCCUGAAGCUUUGAACUGGUUGUUUAUUAAGGGAUUGGUUGGUUGGUUUAUGCAAACAGCACUGCUUAAAGUCACCUUACUUUCAUUGGGCAGUGGGGAAGCACCUCUAUUGGACAUUAUAGCGAACGCCGGGUACACUUUUGCUGGCUUGUGUUUGGCUGUUUGUGGAAGAAUGAUAUGGAGUUACUCCUACUACUUUCUGAUGCUGUGGACCUGCAUAUGUAUGGCAGUGUUCUUGGUUAAAACGAUGAAGAGAGUUCUUUUUGCGGAAGUCAGGAGUUAUGAUUCAAGCAAACACCACUAUCUCUUGCUCUUCAUUGCUUUGGCUCAGUUCCCAUUGUUCACAUGGCUUGGAAACAUUACUGUCAAUUGGCUAAUAUAGAGUGACAGCAUUUACACUGUACUUAAAAGCACUUGGUGAUUUUUUUUGGUUGUUAACUUUGGAAAGUAGUUAUACAUGGGCUUUUUCUCUCUCACAGAUUGCUUUUAUGUGUUGGAUAUUGAGAUGAAUAACUAUAGGCCUUCUCGCUCUCCAGAUAUAUUAUUUUUUAGUACUUUAUUUGCAUGAACCCAAAGAUGUAGAUUAGGAAAAUAUUUCUUUUACAGAAUGAUUAUCCAAUUGUAAUCGAACUCUAAGAUUAAGAUUAUGGAUGGUGUCACUGAUGAUGAAGGAAUAUUGUGCAA